UGUGAGAAUUUUUAGUUUUAUCCUUGGGAAGUUUUGUCGAACCUGCGCGAGAUUCCGCGAGACUUGAGUUGGAGAGAAGGCCAUCAUGGCGUCCUCUGUCCUGUGGAGGACGUUAGGUCGGACCAAACUUCUACCUUCUCACACCUUAGGGCGCCCGGCAGGCUGCACAGAAUGGUACAGGAACUUUUACAGGACACCAGAAGUAUUCGGUGUAGCUCCAAUAAAGCUGCACAUGCCAGCCCUGUCCCCCACUAUGGAGGAAGGUACCAUCAUCUCAUGGCUGAAAAAGGAAGGAGACCCAAUUGCAGCUGGUGACCCACUGUGUGAGAUUGAGACAGACAAAGCAACACUUACAAUGGAUGCUGAUGAUGAUGGAGUCAUGGCCAAAAUUUUGGUCCCAGGGAACACAAAGAAUGUUCGUAUCAAUGAAUUGAUAGCCCUGAUGGUGGCUGAAGGAGAAGACCACACUCAGGUCGAUAUCCCAACAGAGACAGGCACUCCGUCUGCUGCAGUGGACACCCCUGCUGAUGCCCCUGUACCUACAGCCACAGAGGACACCUCCUCAUCAGAGUUUUCAUCCAUGAGACAUGUGGCAGGGGGAAAAGGACAUGUUGACCUGUCCCCUGCAGUAAGGUACUUGGUAGAUUCCAACGGUCUGGAUGCUGCAGCUAUUGUACCCACUGGUCCACAUGGAAGACUACUCAAAGGGGAUGUGUUGAAGUUCCUUGCUGGUGACCCCAGUUCUAGGAGACAAGAGGUGGUGGCUCCUACCAUGCCCUCUGCCCCCACCCCUUUGGCUGCUCCUCCCCCACCCCCUCCCCCAGUUACACACCCUGCAGUACCCCCUGCUGCAGCAGAGGAGGAUGAGUUUGUUGACAUCCCACACACAAGCAUGAGGAGGGUAAUAGCAAAAAGACUCACACAAUCAAAGACUACAGUGCCACAUGCCUACAGCAGUAUAGACUGUGAGAUGGGCUCAGUCCUGAGACUCAGAAAACAGCUACAAGGUUCUGGUGUAAAGGUUUCUGUGAAUGAUUUUAUCAUCAAGGCCGUUGGGCAGGCACUCAAGACGGUACCUGAGGUGAACGCUCAGUGGAUGGGGGAGGCGGUGCAGCUGCUCUCCAAUGUGGACAUAUCAGUUGCCGUGGCAACAGACAAAGGCUUGAUUACUCCCAUAGUAACAGAUGUACCAUCCAGGGGACUACAGAACAUCUCAGAAACUGUCAAGGAGCUGGCAGGGAGAGCACGGAUAGGUAAACUCCUGCCUCAGGAGUACCAAGGAGGCACAUUCAGUGUUUCCAACCUGGGGAUGUUUGGCAUCAGCCAGUUCAGUGCCAUCAUCAACCCCCCACAGUCCUGUAUCAUGGCGAUCGGCGGCUCACGUGUCCUGGUGGAGCCCACGGAGGAUGGACACACAACAAAAACUGUCAUGACUGUGACACUCUGUUCUGACUCCAGAGUAGUGGAUGAUGCCCUGGCCUCCACCUUUCUGGAGAACUUUAAAGAAAACUUGGAGAAUCCUUUCAAAGCAGCAUUGUUAUGAUCAUAUAUACCUAUGAUACUAGUGUUAGGAUCAAAUUCUUGUGAUACUUAGACUUGUUUUCCUGUGCAAUCAAGGUAAUUACAGCAAGUCUUGUAGAAACCUCCUCUUCAGUUUGUGAAAAAGUCUUUCAAAAAGAACAUGUUGGCAUGUUUAGAGAAUCUUUCAGUUUCAGUCCUAUUUAAUUGAAAGCUUGUUGUAAAAAAAAACAAAUUGUUCUUAAAUGUAUUAUUUUAUAGAUUGAAAAUGUAUUGACCAUGAAUAUUGAAUUUGUUAGUUCUACACUGUUGUCACAAAUGAGCUUCAGAUUGUUGGAAUUAAACCACUAGCAGGAAAGUUGUGCUUUAUUUAUGAAGAAGA